AUGGAAAAGCCAUUGAUCAAUGAAAGAGUUCUAAGUUUUGCUUUAAAUUCUGCCAUCGAAUUCUAUGAACAAGAUGGCAUUGGCUUGGACGUUUUAAUUGUCGCCGCAUUUAACGUUUAUGUAUACGAUGCUACGUUAGUGGUUUUACCAACGAAAACUGGUCGAUUAACUUUCAGGAAAAAUUAUACGAAUUACGUGCUUAAGGCAUUAAAAAAAUUUGGAAAACCACACAAAAUUAUUUUCCUUGAUGAAAAUGAUGAAGUAAACGUUGACCAGUGUCUUGGAUGGAUAAAUGAUAGCGGUAUCAAAGAAUUAAACAUUACCGGUCCACGAGAAGAGGACUCUCCCGGGAUUUACAAGAAGUCACUCGAACUCUUUGAGCUUUUUUACGAAAGAUUGUACGAAAGUGGCCACCAAAUUAAAACAAUAAACACGAGCAAAUUAUUAAAACUAAAUAAGCCUACUAAAAAUUCUCGAAAGAAAAACAAAAAAAAUCGUUAUAAAUUAUAA